AUGAUAAUUAACAAAUUCACUCUAAAUUUCAAAUCGAAAAGUAUAGAAAAUGAUUAUAGAAAAUUGUAAUAAAGCUAUAUCAAAUAAGAAUUCACACUAUUUUCAAUACAUACAAUUUUAUUCUUUUCAGCUUACAUACUAUACUACUUUGAAGAAUAUACAUUUAAUGGAAUAAUCGUAGCAAAUAUUUCGGUGUUUAUGUUAUCAAUAAUAUUGUUGAGAUUCAUUAUAAAUUCUCAUCCUGCUUGGAAUGAAUAUAUAUUGCCCAUAUUAUAAAUUUACAUAGCCUAUAUUUGGAAUCUAGACAAUUUUUUUCCAACAACCACGGAAGAUCCAAAUUAUGAUUAUGAUGCGAGCUAUGAGUACAACUGGUACUAUGGGUUACAAGCAUUCUACUUUCAUUUUGCAAUAUUGCAACUUGGCUAUUAAAUAUGGCCCCAAGCUGUUGCUCUGAUUGGUAUAUACAUAUAAUAUGUCUCUUAUUAUCCUACGGAGACUUUGGAAUAUUCAGCAAUGUGCUUAACAAUAUUUUUAGUAUUUAUUGGGCUUUUAGUAAUGAAGUACACUAAUGAAAAGACAAAAAGACUUUAAUUUAGGGAUAGUAGAGAAUAGAAUAGAUGGAUAAAGAUUAUAGAUUAAGUAUUAGAGUAAUCUAUUGUUGUAAUUAAGCUUGAUUAAGAGUAAGAUUAAUUAAUACUUUAACAAAUAAAUGAUAUUUCAAAAUCAAGAUUGAAGAUUUAGAAUAAUAUCGAAUUAAGAGAGAUGCUCAGAAAUAUGAUUAUAGAGAAUACACAUAUGGAGAGAGAAGAAAUUAGAUUUAAAAACUUGGAGUAAGAGAUUCGAGACCUCAUAAUAAGAUAUGAUCAAUAUAGAUUCAUUACCCAUUAAGUAGAUGUUCGAUCGAAUGUUUUGAAUAAGGAGUAUAAAGUGAAAUUGAUACAAUAAGUGUUAUAGGACGAAUUUUGUGUAAUUGCAAUAUUUGAAUAAGAUUUAAAAAAUGAAAAUCACAAACAUCAUUUAGAGGUCAAAUGUAAAGAAAAUAUCUUUUAAUUCUUGUUAAUACAAUUUUUCUAAUAAAUGAAAACUGCAAGUACUAGAUUAAAAAUUCUCUACUCCAUGAUCAAUUUUUAACAAAUUCGUUUAUUGCUUAAUAAUAAUAAUGAGAAUCUUACAUCUAUAUGA